UUUAGACCAGGAAGUGCUGUCGAAUUGUCGGUGAAGCGAAACAAUACAAAGCGACCACAAAUAGGUUGCGACAUGGACGACACACUUUUCCAAUUGAAGUUCACUUCUAAACAACUGGAGAGACUAGCCAAAAAGGCAGAGAAGGCGUCUGAAAAGGAGCAGACAAAGGUCCAAAAGGCUCUGCAACAGAAAAAUGUGGAAUGUGCGAGAGUUUAUGCUGAGAAUGCCAUCCGUAAAAAAAAUGAAGGACUGAACUGGCUGCGCAUGGCAUCUCGAGUUGACGCUGUGGCCUCUAAAGUCCAGACUGCUCUCACAAUGAAAUCGGUGACAAAAAAUAUGAGCCAGGUGACCAAGGCUCUGGAUAAAGCUCUGAACUCUAUGGACCUUCAAAAGGUGUCUGCUGUCAUGGAUAAGUUUGAAAGCCAAGUCCAGAACCUUGAUGUCCACACCUCAGUGAUGGAGGACUCCAUGAGCUCUGCAAUGACAUUGACCACGCCACAAGAUCAGGUGGAUGAAUUGAUCCACCAAAUAGCUGAGGAGAGUGGCCUGGAGUUGAUGGACCAGCUCAACAAGUUGCCCGCAGGAGCCACCUCAGUGGGUGCAGAAGGUUCACGCAGCCAAGAGAAGGAAGACCAGCUUUCUAGACAGUUGGCAGCUCUGCGGAGCUGAGGGGACUAGGCUCACGGCUGUGUGGGGAAAAAAAGACAAGUUUGAUGGUGGUGGUGGUAUUUGUACUGAACUGUUCCUACAAGGAGGAUGUAUCACUUUCACAUUUUCUUGUUUUGGCCUAAAGAUUGUGCCUGUUCCUUUGUAUCCCCUCUGCAAAAUGAAUCUGUUUUUACUUACUGUGUAAUGACAACAAUGAAGAUGUAAAGUUCUAAUUCACAACAAUUAAAGUGAUUACAAGGGAGUGGGACAUGUUUUGCUCUUGUGUACCUGGCUUUGGUCAAAUAUUGUUGUAAUGUGUUACUGUCUGCAAACCAGCCAGGAGUCUCAUCCUCUCAUCACAUUCAUCCAAGUCCCAGGUAUUUCUAACAAUGAGUACACCAGUGGACAGUCCUUACAUUAUUACACUACACUGAGUCAUGUUUGAUUUGAUUUUUUGUUAAUUUACACACAUGCCACCAUCCACAAAUUGUGUGAAAUAGUAAAUACCUUACUCUGAAUUGAAGUGCCUGAAGGACUGUUGUUGAAAGAGAGAGAUGUGAGAUGAGCUCUGCACACUUUUCGUCAAAGUCAGGAAUUUUCCUCUGCUACAAAGCAGAUGAGAGAUGUUUUAGCUCACAGAACUUUAGCUCACUCUAGCUCAGGCUGUCAUACACGUACUAUCCAUUUAUUUUUGCAGUGUUGAGUUGACCAAUCAUGUUUGUAUUUUUUUCUGUGAACAUCGUUAUAUAUCUGUUGUAUUUUAUAGGUGAGACACCCAAGUAUGGAGGACCAAGAGUCACAAAAUAAAAUAAAUGCAUAGAUAAAGAAUUAAAUGUCAUUUCAUACUUAAUGAAACGUUUAUUUAAUAAUGUAUUAAUUUAAUUUUGGCACUCUUCGUCCUCCAUACUCAAGUGUAUGGAGCUUAAAUGCAUGCUAAACCGUAUAAUGUAAACAAAUGAUUCUGAAGCUGUAAACCUAAGUUCAAUUUUAGGUGAGCAGAUAGCUGGGAUAGGCUCCAGUACGCCCAUGAGCCUGGUGAGGAUAAGCUGUAUAGAAAUCGGAUGGAUGGAUGUUGUUUUUAAAGGCAUCUGAAUGGUUUACAAUAAGCAGAUGUUUGUUGUUGUUGCUUUUAAAUCAUGGCUCUUUAUACAUUUGUUAAGUGCUUUGACUAAAGGAUUCUCUCUUUGAAACUUGUAAGAGCAGACAUCAAGAUAGAAGCUAGGCCUUGACCAGUGACUGAGCAGUUUUACAUCCAUCCAUCCAUCCAUUUUCUGAGCCGCUUCUCCUCACUGGGGUCGCGGGGGUGCCGGAGCCUAUCCCAGCUGUCAUCGGGCAGGAGGCGGGGUACACCCUGAACUGGUUGCCAGCCAAUCGCAGGGCACAUAGGAACAACCAACCAUUCGCACUCACAGUCAUGCCUACGGGCAAUUUAGAGGCUCUAAUUCAUGCAUGUUUUUGGGAUGUGGGAGGAAACCGGAGUGCCUGGAGAAAACCCACGCAGGCACGGGGAGAACAUGCAAACUCCACACAGGCGGGGCCGGGGAUUGAACCCGGGUCCUCAGAACUGUGAGGCUGACACUCUAACCAGUCGUCCACCGUGCCACCGCAGUUUUACAGUUUCCUGUUUUUCCAUUUGUGCAUUAUUACAAAGGGGUCUUAUUUAUACUGAGAAAACAUCUUUGUAGCACUUAUCUCGAAAAUAAAACGUUCCCAAUUGUCCAGCACAGAC